CAGAUUCAAACCCAGAUCUCCCACCCCAAAAACACACUACCCAACAGACCAACAACCGUAAGUCGCAAAAAAGAAAGAAGAAAAGAUUGGUGCACCAAGUGUGUAUGUGAAUCAGUGAACGGGAGGAUCAAUCUUGUCCGUCUCUCCCCAUGAUGUCUCAUCGUCAUCUCUUAUAUGUUUUUUUGUCUCCAUUUCAAAACUAAGAUUGCACCACCAUGUUUAAUACACAGCAUCGUCAACAACUGGAAAAGUGAGAAUUCCCCUUAUACCCUCUCUCUUUAAAGAUCCCCUCAGAAGAAGAAGGUGAGUUCCAAUAGAAUCCUGUUUCUCUUUGUUAUUUCAAAAUUUUGUUGUUGGGUACUUGUAAUUUGAGUGUAGGAUGAUAAAUUAAGAUGUGGGGAUCCAUUGAAAUUCACUAAAAGUCCAAUUUUGGAUCAAGGAUUGGAUUUUUAUUUGUGUGUGUUGUUUGGGAGUAAGAAUCAAAUGAUUAAUGGAGAGGGGACUGGAGAGAAUAGUAUCUCUAACGUCGCCUCUCGAGAUCCUUUUAAUGAAUAUCGUUUAUGGAAACAAGAUCAGAUAUUGGAUGGUGGUGGUGGGGAUGAUGAUAAUGUUUCAUCGGAGUACAAUUCGUAUGAUGAAUCGGAAUUUGAGAAGUAUUGUAGUGCUAAUUCACUUAUGGGUGGUACUUCAAGUAUGUGUAGUUCUUUGGGUACUUGUAAUGAUUUUUUAGAUUCUGAUUUUGGUUCUUUUAAGAAUUUAAAAUUUGAUGAUGUUGGGGGUGCUAGGUUUAGAAGGAAUUCGGGCGAUGUUGAUGUUGCUAAUGGGAUUUCUAUAGAUGAAGAGAGGGCGCAGUUGAGGAAUAAUGGAUCACAGUGUUUGCCAAAGUUGAAGGUUAAGAAUGUAAUGGACUCUCGAAGAAUUUUGGACACAGGUACUUCAUCCGGAAAGGACUUUUAUGAUAAGGAUGGAGGUGACAGUGGGUCUGAUUUGUUUCAAACCUUUGCCAAUGAUUAUUCGAAGGUAGAGGAGGUUGCUGGUGUAGAAGAAAAUGGGGCCGUGUCCCAUUCUUCACCUAGAUCAAGUAAUUCCUCGUUGAAUUUGGCUGCAUGUGAAGAGGAUUGCACUGAAAAAAGUGACUGUAACAUUGGUUCGUUCGAUAGAUUAGCUUCAGUAUCUGAUAGUUUAGUAGAUGGAAGAGAAGCCGAGAGAGGGCCAGAUGAGGAAGAAGGAACCUCGUCAAAAGGUGCACAUUCAGAUGAUGAUGGCUCAAUGUUCGGCUAUGGUACAGAUGAUGAAAAUGCGGUUGAUUUGUACGAAAGUAGAAAACUACAGUAUAGUCAAGCAGCCAAAAUAGAUAAUCGAAAUCCGUUGCUUAUGAAUUCGUCUGUGGUUUUCGGUUCAGAAGACUGGGAUGACUUUGAACAAGAAACCGAGGAUGGUCUAGUUUCAUCGUUGUGGGAUAAACCUCAAGACCAGCAAAAUGAGCAAUUGGAAAUCAAUAAAAAACUCGAGAAUUUGAAUCUUUUGUCCAAAGAUGGUGAUCUAUCUUUUGUAGGGUCAGAGCAAAAAGGAAGUGCUAGGGACAUCUCUGGCAACAGUGGUCAAAUCCAUGGUACUGGUGAAUCAAUUGAGAAUCAAGAGAACUAUUCUAUCGGUGACGUUACUGUAGAUAAGUGCCCUUCUGUACUUAAUAAGCAGUCGAAUAUGAACUUAAGCAACUUGCUCCGUGCAGCGGAAAGUGAUUUUCAUUGUGCGAGUAAUGAGAAAGUCUCAGGCCUUGAUGAAGAUGAGAUGUCAGUAAAUCUAUCGUCGGGGAAGUCUGCAGUUCAGUUAGACCCUCUUUCUGAUAUUGCAGUAAACCAGCUUUGUUCGUCUUCUAAUGAAAUACCUCAGGGAAAAGAGAGACCUUUUGAAGAUCCUACGGCAAAAGGGCUCACCGCAUUGCCUGAGGAUUCUCAGGGAAUAGAUUUAAAGAGACUAAGGAAGAAUUCUCCCGGGCCUCUGGACCUCCGGAAUAACCAUCUCGCACCUAUUAAGGUAGAACAUCCGAGAUCAGAUGAGUCGUAUGACGAGAUCGUCCUUGAAAUGGAGGAGAUUUUACUUGACUCAAGCGAGUCUUACAGAGCUAGAUUUGUGAAGGGGAAUAAAUUAUCUUUUUCUCAGCAGAUUCAGAUCAGAGAUGGAAGCUCUACUGCUUCCACUUCUGGAACUGAUGAUGCUUACCCAUUAAUCCAAGACCCAACAAAAAUUGAGGGUGUUGAAGUUGUCGGUGCUAAGCAAAAAAAGGGAGAUGUCUCACUUGGAGAAAGGAUAGUUGGUGUGAAGGAGUACACAGUCUAUAAACUUAGAGUUUGGAGUGGCAAUGACCAAUGGGAGGUUGAACGCAGAUAUCGUGAUUUUUAUACUCUCUAUCGUCAUCUGAAAAGAUUGUUUGCGGACCAUGGUCUGACUCUUCCUUCUCCCUGGUCUCGGGUUGAACAAGAAUCCAGAAAGAUUUUUGGAAAUGCUUCUCCAGGUGUUGUGAGUGAGAGAACUGCUCUUAUUCAAGAGUGUCUACGGUCUGUUUUGCACUCUUCUUCUCUUCACAACACCCCAACUUCUCUUAUUUGGUUUUUAUCCCCUCAAAAGGCUGAUCCCAGUUCCUCCAUGCUAAAUGCACUGGUGCCUCCACCAACUUCAGAAUUUAGCAAAGGAGCAGCCGCUGAGGAUUACACGAAUCUUGGGAAGACCAUAUCACUUCUUGUUAAAAUCCAGCCUCCCAAGUCCAUUAAGCAACUGGUAGAAGCACAGCGUAAUACUUGUGCAGGAUGUCACAAGCACUUCAAUACUGGGAAGACUCUAAUGAGGGAAUUUGUUGAGACUUUAGGAUGGGGCAAGCCUCGACUUUGCGAAUAUACUGGCCAGUUGUUUUGCACUUCAUGCCAUACAAAUGACACUGCUGUCUUGCCGGCAAGAGUCUUGCAUCAUUGGGACUUUACUUUAUACCCGGUAUCUCAACUGGCUAAGUCAUUUUUGGAUUCCAUCUAUGAGCAGCCCAUGCUCUGUGUAAGUGCAGUUAAUCCUUUUUUAUUCUCAAAGGUCCCGACCUUGCUCCAUAUCAUGGGUAUCAGAAAGAAAAUAGGGGCAAUGUUUCCAUAUCUUCGCUGCCCUUUCCGACGGACUGUCCAUAAAGGGAUGGGUUCUCGCAGAUAUCUUCUUGAGGGAAAUGAUUUUUUUGCUCUUCGAGAUCUUGUUGAUCUCUCAAAAGGUGCAUUUGCAGUACUUCCAUUCAUGGUAGAGACAGUUUCAAGCAAAAUGCUUCAGCACAUUACUCAGCAAUGCCUUAUUUGUUGUGAUACCGGUGUUCCUUGUGGUGCACGACAAGCUUGUGAAGACACAUCUUCCCUCAUUUUUCCUUUCCAGGAAAGUGAAGUAGAUAGAUGUGCCUCUUGUGAGUCCGUUUUCCACAAACCCUGCUUCAAAAAGCUUGACGGGUGUCUUUGUGGUGCUACGUCAACCAAAACCACAUGUUCCAUGGACCAGCUAAAGUUUCAGACCAACAUCGAGAUGGACAGGUCUCGUGAUGCCACAGCAAGGGCACCAGAUUCAGAUGCACCAGUUGGCUUUCUUUCCAGUUUGUUUUCAAGAACAACAUCCGAUAAAAUUUGGGGACACAAAAAGAGCAGGCCUAUAAUUCUUAUGGAUUCUUUACCAAGUACUUCUCUAUGAUCAUUUUGUAAUAUGUUUUAGUUGUGCAGUUUGUUUUCUGUAGAAGGAUAGGAAAUCUUGCAAAACAAAAGGUGUGAAUUUAUUCAUAUUACACCUUGUUGUGUGUAUUUACAGAAAUAAGAUUGUAUAAUCAGACAUGUAAUCAUGCCGAGUUUUGUAUUCAUUUUUUAUUCUUUUGGACA